AUGUCCCCAACUGCCCCCGGCGCGAGCGGCGCUGUCCCCAACGUCCCCAACAGCCCCGGAGCCGCGGGGGGGAUGGGGGAUCGAGGAGAGUCCUGGGAAGGACGGGCCCAGACCCUCGGCCUCGCUGGUGCCCAGACCACCCAGAUCCUCGUGGAGCCCCCAUGGACACCACCAGCGCUGUGGGACUGGGUGACACUGACCUGCCAGGGCUCGGGGACCGCCGGUGCCACCAUCUGGUACAAGGACGGGCAGCGCUGGGGGCAGGAGGGAUGUGACCAUCUCAAUGUCACCGAGAGUGGCACCUACAAAUGUGACAGACCCGACACCGGACUCAGCCCCCCUGUGACAGUCUCAGCUGAUGAUCUGGUGCUGCAGGUGCCGGUGCGGGUGCUGCUGGAGGGGGACACGGUGACACUGCGCUGCCGGGGAUGGCUGAACAAGAAGGUCACCUCGGUGUCCUUCUACCGAGAGGGGACAAAACUGAGGGGGCUCCCCGAUGGCACUGAGCUGUCCCUGUCCCCUCUGCAACUGAGCCACAGAGGCCGCUACAGCUGCAGGGGCUGGGUGGAAUCCUUGGGGUGGAAGCAGUCAGCGCCGGUGACAGUGACAGUGCACGAGCUCUCCACAGUGCCAGCGCUGGUGCUGGAGGGUCCCCCCGAGAUCACCGAGGGGUCCCCCCUGAAUCUCAGCUGCCUCAGCACCCCCAGCCCCCUGCGGCCCCCAGCCCCCCUCCUGUACCUGUUCUAUAAGGAUGGGCAGGUUCUGGGGGGCCCGCAGGGGUCCCCGCAGCUGCUGCUGCCCGCCGUGGGGGUCUCCCACUCGGGGAAUUACAGCUGCCAGGUGCAGUCCCAGUUUGGGGCCGUGUGGAAGAGCAGCACCCAGCUCAGCGUCACGGUGCGCAGUGACAACGUGACCCUGCGCUGCUCGGUGCAGGUGGGCUCAGCCCCUGUCACCUUCACCUGGCUGCACAACGGGCAGGAGGUGGCCCGGGGUCCCCUGCUGGAGUUUGGGGACAUCUCUGUGGGACAUUCGGGCACCUACCAGUGUGUGGCCACCAACCAGCUGGGACAGGACGGGCACCGCGUGUUCAGGGCAACCAGCCCUGAGCUGGCCCUGGAGGUGACACCUGGAUCACCCUGGGUCACAGUGGCCACAGGGGUCGGUGGGGCCCUUUUGUUCCUGCUCCUGCUCGUGGGUGUCAUCGUGGCCUGGCACUGGUGGCACCGUGCGGCUGCCAGGAAGAACCAGGAAAGGGCCCCUCCGGAUCCCCAGAUCCCCCCAGAGGAGGGGGAGGUGCUGUACAGCCACGUCGUGGUCACCAAGAGGGCAGGGGCGUCCCCCCUUGCCACCACCCUCCAGGAUCCCCAGGUGACCUACGCGGAGCUGCGGGGACACCAGGGGCGACCACUGGAACCCAGUGACAUCUAUGGGAAUGUGCUGUGA